UAUAUAUUCCGGUUCUUCAUUUUCUGAACAACAAAUCUUUCUGAAUUCCUUUUCCUCAGACAUGGCAGCCAAAACAUGCACUAACGGCACACGCCCUGGCCCUCGCCCCGAGUACAUUCCAGACCACAUUCCGGACCCAUCCUACCUUCGCAUCCUAGACACGACUCUCCGCGACGGAGAGCAAUCCCCCGGAGCCGCCAUGACGGCCACCCAGAAGCUCCACCUCGCCCGGCAGCUGGCGAAGCUGGGCGUGGACGUCAUUGACGCGGGCUUCCCUUCGGCGUCCCAGGAGGACUUCAACGCCGUGAAAAUGAUAGCUCAAGAUGUUGGGAAUAAGUGUGACGCUGAUGGCUAUGUUCCCGUCAUCAACGCUCUGUGCAGGUGCAAUGAGAGGGACAUUGCGACGGCGUGGGAGGCUGUGAAGUACGCUAAGAGGCCUAGGCUUUUACCGUUCAUAGCAACGAGUCCCAUUCACAUGGAGCAUAAGCUCGGAAAGAGUAAAGAGGAGGUGCUUCAAAUUGCUCGCGAUAUGGUCAAGUUUGCGCGGAGUUUGUGUUGUGACAUCCAGUUCGGUGCUGAAGACGCAGCUAGAUCGGACAGAGAGUUUCUUUACCAAAUUUUAGAAGAAGUUAUCAAAGCUGGGGCAACAACAGUGGGCAUAGGAGACACUGUGGGCAUGGCAAUGCCUUUUGAAUAUGGAAAAUUGAUUGCUGAUAUAAAAGCCAAUACCCCGGGAAUUGAAAAUGCUAUUAUUUCUGUUCACUGUCAUAAUGAUCUUGGACAUGCUACUGCAAACACAAUAGAGGCUGCACGUGUUGGUGGUGCAAGGCAAUUAGAAGUAACAAUUAAUGGGAUUGGUGAAAGGGCUGGUAAUGCUUCAUUGGAAGAGGUUGUGAUGGCCCUAAAAUGCAGGGGAGCUCAUGUCUUAGGUGGUUUGUAUACUGGAAUUAAUACGAGGCACAUAUUAAAGACAAGCAAGAUGGUCGAAGAGUACUCUGCCAUGUACUUACAACCACACAAAGCUAUUGUAGGUGCUAAUGCCUUUGUCCAUGAAAGUGGCAUUCAUCAGGCUGGAAUGUUAAAGCACAGAGCGACAUACGAAAUAAUGUCUCCCGAAGAUAUUGGCCUUGAAAGUUCAAAUGGAGUUAAUAUUGUACUAGGGAAGCUAAGUGGACGCCAAGCUAUGAAAAAUCGAUUCAAAGAGCUUGGUUAUGAACUUAAGGAUGAUGAAGUUGAGAGCGUGUUUCAAAGCUUCAAAGCAAUGGCAGAAAAAAAGAAGAGAGUUACUGAUGAUGACCUCAAAGCAUUGGUGUUAGGUGAAGUUUCUCAUGAAAAACCUAUUUGGAAGCUUGGUGAUUUGGUGGUGACUUGUGGAACUAAGGGAUUUUCAACUGCAACUAUCAAACUUGUUAGUAUUGAUGGUAGCACACAUAUUGCUUGUUCUGUUGGUGCAGGACCAGUGGAUUCAGCUUACAAGGCUAUUAAUCUCAUUGUUAAGGAAAUUGUAAAACUACUUGAGUACUCAUUGAUUACAGUUACAAAAGGUAGUGAUGCAGUUGUGACAACACGUGUUGUGAUUCAAAGAGAAAACAACAUGGUAUCUAAUCCUAUUUUAAAUGGAAAUAAUAUUAAUCCAACAUUCAGUGGGAUUGGAGAAGGAGUGGAUGUCAUUGUUUCUAGUGUAGAGGCUUAUCUCACUGCACUAAACAAAAUGCUCCGUUUCAUGGAAUGAUUUAUAAUUGUUACUAGACUUCUAACACCUAAUUGUAGGUGUUGAGUGUUCAUAUAAAAUUUUAUGUAUCUAUGUCUUUGUGAACUUUAAACAUGUUUUAGAGUACGGGAGAAAUAGACUCAAUAAUGCCUCCUUGGAAAAUUUGAAUUUGAAACAUGAUAUGUAUGUUUAGAUAUAAGUUUAGAAAUAUUUUUUAGAGUUUAUUUAUUGGAAAAAAAAAAACUCUUUUUAGUAAAUAAGCUCUUUUAAGCUUA